CCCGCGACAGAGCGGGAAACUCCCAGCUCCUACAUGAAGGUACUACGCCGACCAUCCCGGCCGGGAGACGAAGAGAAGCGGGCGCCGGGGAGGAGCUAGGAGGGAAGGGGCCGCACAAUGGGCGGGAAAGCGACCAGGUCUCCGCCUCUCUUCGCGUUUUCCUCUCGUGCAGCUCGACGGCCGGCGCUUCUUUGCGACCGAUCCCCUGGCAGGUAGGGCGUGCGCUUGCUUUCUCCUCUUCUCAUGUGGAUACGACUCGGUUUUUCCCUCGUUCCCUCCCAGUUUUUUUUUUCCUGGGCCAGGCUUGGCUUUGUAAGAAGCGCGCUCCCUCUCCCCAGCCGCGCUUUUAGGGUAGGUUGCGAUCCUGAAGGUGCGCCGAGGGAGCCGAUCCCAACGGAACAUAGAGGAACUUUGCCCGGGACCAAGUGCAACGAGUUACUUCGAGGAGAAAAGAAAAAAAAAGAAAAAAGAAAUCCCGGAGACUUGCGGAAGCUAUCAAAGAAAAAUGCCAACAGAACCACGCACGGCUGGAACGUAAUCAUGUGUACAGAGAAAGUCCCUUAAAUUGUCUGAAAGGUUCCAAAUGUUGUCUGAAAUGCUAAGGAGGAAACUUCGUCACUGUGGUAUCCUACGGUUUAAACCUCUUUGGGUGUUAGUUUGUACAGUUGGAAUCUGGUCUUAUAUUAUGGUUCACCAGAAACCAACCUACCAAGAUUAUGAGCAUUUGAAACUGACUGGUGAACAUCCUAAUACAGUAAACUGUUCCAAGGUACUAAAGGGUGACACAGAGGAAAUUCAAAAAGUAAAGCUUGAGCUGUUAACAGUCUCCUUUAGGAGAACCCCCAAAAUGACUUCAAAUGACUAUAUCAACAUGACAGUUGAUUGUGCCUCCUUUAUUAAGAGGCGGAAAUAUAUUAUGGAACCUCUUAGCCAAGAAGAAGCAGAAUUUCCCAUUGCAUAUUCAAUAGUGGCUUAUCAUAAAAUUAAUAUGCUUGAGAGACUUCUGAGAACCAUCUAUGCUCCUCAAAACUAUUACUGCAUUCAUGUUGACAAAAAGUCCCCAGAGUCUUUCUUGGCAGCUGUAAAAGGGAUUGCAUCAUGUUUUCACAAUGUCUUCAUUGCCAGCCAAUUGGAAAAUGUAGUGUAUGCAUCAUGGAGCCGGGUACAAGCUGACCUCAACUGCAUGAAGGAUCUCUACAGGAGGAAUGUUAGCUGGAAGUACUUGAUCAAUCUCUGUGGCCUGGAUUUCCCAAUCAAGACAAAUCAAGAAAUUGUGGAGAAGUUGAAAGCCCUCAACGGUGAAAAUAGUUUAGAAACGGAAAAAAUGCCUUCAAACAAAGAGGUGAGAUGGAAGAAACAUCAUGAGAUAGUUGAUGACAAGGUAAAAAAUAUGGGGAUAGACAAACAGCCUCCACCUCUCAACACACCCAUUUUCUCUGGAAGUGCCUAUUUUGUUGUUACUAGGGAAUUUGUGGAAUAUGUAUUAGAGAACAGCAAAAUUCUUGCUUUUAUAGAAUGGGCUAAAGACACGUACAGUCCUGAUGAAUACUUAUGGGCUACAAUUCAGCGAAUCCCUGAAGUUCCGGGUGCAGCAUCUGCCAGUGACAAAUACGAUGUUUCCGAUAUGAAUGCCGUUGCCCGGUUUGUGAAGUGGCAUUACUUUGAGGGGGAUGUAUCCAAGGGUGCUCCUUACCCACCUUGCAAUGGAGUUCACAUCCGUUCUGUAUGUGUCUUUGGAGUGGGAGACUUGAGUUGGAUGUUACGGAAACAUCAUUUUUUUGCCAACAAGUUUGAUACUGACAUUGAUCCUUUUGCAAUUCAGUGUCUGGAAGAGCAUUUACGAGACAAAGUGCUACAACAACGUAGACACUGACAUGCAGUGGUUUUUUUUUAUGGUACACGUCUUUCUCAUUUGAUUAAAUUGGCAGAAAAGAGAUGGAAAAUCCAAUACCCCCUUUUUGUUUUUAAACAAAGCUUGUAGGGUGAUUAGCUGAUUGUGUCCCCUGAGCUUUCUUAAUUCUAUUUUUUUUUCUAAAAUAGUUCUAUUACAAAAAUUCUCUUGCAAGAGGCCCCACAAGAUUUUAGGCAUGAAACAAGAUUCUCCAGCUUACAACUGAAAGACACUCUGCUCACCUCGCCUCCGUAUCUUUUAAAGAAUUCUAUUAGACAUCAAAUAAUCUCGAUCCUUAGUUUGUGUAGCCACUAAGACUACUUUCCUUAGUGGAAAAUGGAUAAUUUUGAGGACAGUAAGGAGACAGAACUAAGUAGUCAUGGUGGAAAAGAUAAUAAGAUUAAGAGAAAUUUAUGGGAUUAUGAAACAGGAAUUUGAAGUAUAUUUAUGUCUCUUAUAGACAAAUUACUGAAUUCUGCCUCCCCCCCCCUUUCAAACUGUACCAGCAAUAUUUACAUAUACACAGCAAUAUUUAUAUAUACACAAAAUACAUGGAAGUUGUUUUUUUCUAAGCUUAAUUUUUUGGAUAGACUCUAUUCUUCAGUUUUGUAUAGAAGUUUUGUCUACAGAAAUGUAGUAGAAGCCUCCCAGUUAAAAUAUUCUCAGGGAAAUAAAAUGUAUGCCUGUUUGUGUUCAUUUUAAUAUAACUUGAUGGAAUUUAUGUUUGCUGCUUGCCAGAUCAUUUGUCACUUUUCCAUAAAGGGAGAACAAAACAAAUAAUAGAAUUGCUGAUUCAUGAUAGGUACUUCCUACCAUUAGUUUUGCUACUAGAAAUUUUUGAAUCUUCCAAAUUGGAAAAAAUGUGUCCUGUUUAAGUCUUCUUUUUAUGCUAACUGCAAUAAACUCUUCAAAAGGGAAGGAGUUAACAUAUUUCAGUUUUUAAUAAAUCUAAGCGGCAGAACAAACAAGACCUAGAACAGGCAUAAUAAAUGCUUCUUUUUACAGCUAGAAUUCUAUUCCUUUUCCUGGUGUCUUUCCCGAUGCUGACUUGGAAACAAUUUUUGGAGAUGGCAUGAGGUAUAAAAUAGGACUUCAGUUUCUUGCUGAACAUCCAAGUGUUCCAAAAUAGCCCAUAAUUAAAACUGCAUUGGAUAGAAUUGUAUCUACCUGCUGCAAUAUAUUAUGUCAAAUUAUAUUUCUAUACUACUGGGUUUUUACAUGUUUUAUUUCUUAGGUUUUUAUUUCUUUAAAAAAGGAGACAAAGUCUCCUUCAAGUUGAGUUGGGUUCUUGUUGACAUCAAGAUGAAAGCCCAUCAGGUUUUCUUGGCCAGCAUUAGUGACCAGCGCUGAGGAUUUUUAUUUAUUUAUUUAUUUAUUAGUCAUCCUCAUGUAGC